CAGGUUCUAGAGCGUCUGUUCCAGAAGGGUUUCAGUGUGGCAGCGUCCUGCGGCGGCGGGGUGGACUCCUCCCAGUUCAGCGAGUACGUGCUGUGCCGUGAGGACCGGCGGAGUAUGUCCAUGAACACCCCCAUCAGGAUAAAACAGGAGCCCCUGGACUAGAGAGACUUUAGGARAGGAGAGGGACUAGCCACGAGGGGCUCCUCACCCCCCUACUGGACAGAACAAACCCAAACCCUAAUAUCCCUCCACCUCACACCACAAAAACCAACCCAGCAAGAAACACC